AACCUUUUGGACUAAACAUAACGUGUAUUGCAUUUCCCGACAAACCAUUUGUCGCUUCAGUCGCUAAUCCAUUGCCAUCUUUGGCGAAGAAGAUAAUCACUCAGUGAACUACACUAUAGCGCUAAGACAUUGGUGUCCGCCAAUUGGUUCCCAAAGUGAUCGACAAACCAGUGUUAACAUAUGUCUGUGGUGUGAGUCAAUCGCCAACUCAUCACUCAAGAGGUGUAUAUCAUCUGCCAAUCGAUGGACACCAUGGAUGACGAUUCAAUACGUCUGGUAGUGUUGGGCGAGGCGUCGAUGUUGUCGACCGCUAUAUUGCGGGGCAAUCAGAGGGGCGGCGGGUCUUUGAGCAGAUCCUCUGCGGCCGGAAACGCGUCCAACACUCGACUCUCGACACUAGUGGCCGAAUACGAAGAGGAGGACGACGACGCCGACGACCUGAUCGCCGAUCCACUACUCAAGAGUCUGAUCCGACUGAAGGCCAAACUACGCAAAGACAAACUGGUGGUCACGGAUGCCAACUAUUUGCGCCCCUUUUGCGAAGUGAUCAAAAACAAGGACGUGAGCGGACCCAUCACUGGACUCGCUCUCCAAUCCAUUCUUAAGUUCAUUAACUACGGCCUCAUCGGCGGCGACGACGCGGCCGUUCAGAUGAUCAGCGAUUCGGUGACCAAAGCGCGGUUCAUCGGCACCGACACCACCAGCGAUGAAGUGGUUCUCAUGCGUAUACUCAAUGUCCUCAAAGAGUUGAUUGUGCGCCGCUUCGAGUGUCUGACCAACGGUUCCGUCUGUGAGAUAAUGCAGAGCUGUUUUCGCAUAGCGUUUGAGCCGCGACUCAGCGAACUGUUACGCAAAAGCGCUGAACAAUCGCUCGUCGAUAUGGUUCACGUCCUCUUCAGACGCAUUCCCGAGUUUAACCACGAGUUUGUCGAUGAGCUCUGUUUCCUGAAGAUGGGAUCAACUAAGAUGAACGCAUCGCUCAAUAAGCGCUCCAAACGUGACAUCAAUCAAAAGACAUCAGAUUUUGUGAACAAACAGAGCAUUAGAUUCAACAAAGAGGACACAACCGAUAAGAGGCAACACUAUUACGGGUUGGCCUGCAUUCACGAGUUGUUAUCCUACUUGACUUCACUCAUCAAUCCGUUACCCGAAGGCCAGAACACCGAAGCUAUGAUUAACGUCGGCCUAACACUACUGACCGUCAGUUUCGAGACCUCUGUCCACGGGAUUGGAAGCAAACACUGUCUUAUAUCGACCGUUAAGACUGAUCUCUGUUGGAAUAUAAUGCAGCUUCUGCAGAGCGAUCGGCCGUUGAGUUCAUUCGCCGCUUCCCUGCGCUUAGCGUUUCUGAUAUUCACGAAUCUGCGAAUGCAUCUGAAAUACCAAUUCGAGGCCCUAUUGAUCCGACUGAUGGACAUCAUUACCACCGGUAACGCGCCCUUCGAGUUCAAAGAGAUCGCCGCCGAGUAUUUGGUGGCCUUCUUCCGGCAUUUGGCGCAUUUGCCGCACGAGAUAUACUUCAACUACGACUGCGAUCCGUACGCCACGAACCUAUUGGAGGACUUGUUGCAGAUCUUCUCGAAGAACUGUUUCACCACUUCUGUGAUAACACAGCAGUCGUCGAUGACGACGGCGCCGGCCUUUCAGUUCACGUCAAUGCAAAUGCUGUCAUUGGACGCGCUGUUGGCGAUACUCAAGAGUCUUCAAAAGGCCGAGUUGUGUCCCGAAGACGUUCUGGUGGUCUGUCCGGCGAUCACUUACGUUAAUUUGGUUCAGAAGAAAGCCAUCGCCGGCGGGAAAGUGAAUAAAAUGGACAUCAAUGCCGACUCGUCAGCUCUUAAGACACCAGAGACCGAGUGUUUACCAAACAGUGCUUUCGAAGAACAACAGCAAACUGUGGCCGCAGAGUCGCAGAUGGAAUCGCCGCCCGACACUCCACUAGACAUCGAUGUCGGUUCCAUAAGAGUUGUUACGUCGAUGGAGUCGUUCAGUGACAUAACACCCGUUCCCGAAGUGAAUGAACACACAAUUGACAACUUCGAGACAAUAACGCCCAAUGAGUUGAAAGAGAUCGCCGGCGCCGCUGUCGAAGACGCCGACCAAUUGAAACCCGAAGUAACACCAAAGCCGCGGACGUUAGUGUCCUAUAAAUACCCGAACCUUGAAAAAGUGGCCAAAAAUACGUUUGAAAUAAUAGACCAAAAGAAUCGCAAAGUGAUGCUCUCGACGGCCACCGAACAGUUCAACACCAAACCGGCUAAAGGUGUCCAAUACCUGAACGACAAUCGGCUGAUCGCUCAGGACAUGGAUAUCGUGUCGUUUUUGCGCGACAAUCCAAAACUGGACAAAAAACAAAUCGGCGAAUACUUGUCCAACAAAAAGCAUUUGGAUAUUUUGCGCACAUUUGUCGAGAGCUUUGCGUUCAAAGACACGCGUUUGGACGACGCGUUGCGCGUGUUUCUCGAGUCGUUCCGAUUGCCGGGUGAGGCGCCCCUCAUAUCCAUGAUCUUAGAGCACUUCGCACAUCACUGGCACGAAUCAAACGACUGUCCGUUCGAGAGAGAAGACGCGGCCUUUUGUCUGGCGUACGCCAUAAUUAUGCUGAACGUGGAUCAGCACAACACGAACGUCAAACGCCAGAGCAAUCCCAUGUCGUUGGAUCAGUUUCGCUCUAAUCUCCGUCAAGUGAAUGGCGGCAAAGACUUUGAUCCGGAAAUGUUGAAAGAGAUCUACUUUGCCAUCAAAACCAAUGAGAUUAUAAUGCCGGCCGAACAGCAGGGUCUGGUCCGCGACCGCUACCUCUGGAAGUGUUUGUUGAGGAAUAGCGAGACUGAGAACGGCGUGUAUUGGUAUGUGAGGUACACGUCGGCCGCCACCACUCCUGAGUGCAAUAAACCCAUUGUGGGCUCCGGUGGGGACCAGAACUCUAGUCAAGACUUUACGCUACCGUUAUUGACACUAAAUGGGCCCAUAUUUUCGGUACUCUGGGGGCCGACUGUGGCCGCCAUGACCUUUGUGUUCGACAAAAUAAAUCCCGACCAACAGUCGGGACUCACGCGUCGCCUAUUGAACAACGGGUUCAACAGUUGCGCCCUUCUGUGCGCCACUUACGGACAUCUCGACAAUCUUGUGGUGAAUCUAUCGAAAUUCAUACUCAACUCGUCGUCUCUGUCACCGGCGAGUGCGCCCGGAAUGGUGUCCGCCAAGAGUCAGUUCACGAGCGGCGGGCAGUAUAUAUCGCCGACCGGCGCCGGUAUGUCGAAGAAGAGUCAAUUGGCCGCUCAGUGUCUGUUCGGCAUAACCCGCGAGUACGCCAAUGAGAUGCGCGAGUCGUGGAACAACAUAAUUGAGUUGAUAUUGAACUGGUAUAACACCAAAAUGCUUAACGACGCCUUCGAGAUCGAGGACUUCGCCCUCAACUCCAAACGCAUUGUCUUUCGGCGUAAAGACAGCCAAAAGCAAAAGCCCGAAUCCGACACGUCGUCCACCUUUCUGUCCAGUGUUUACUCGUAUUUCGCCGGCAAUCCCGGGAGUCAACAGCAGAGCGACAGUGAAUUGUCCGAAAAUAAGGGCCAAUUAGUGUCUAAAGAGGGCCAACAGAGUGGUCACGUCGGCGGCGGCGGUGGCGGCAGCCAAUCGUCGGCCACUCCGGCCAACCAUUACUGUCAACCGUUGCUUCUGAUUAUUGAAGAGUCAAAGUUUCUUCACAUCGACUCUCUAUUAGCGCUCAUUAAAGCCGUGAUUAACACACAGUUGAGUACCGAAGAGUUUGACGACGACAUCGAAGUCUUCAAACUGGAGAUACUCUUGAAAAUUAUUUUAAUGAAUAGGGAUAGAGUGUCUGUGUUUUGGCAUCAGAUCUCGCGAUAUCUUCUGCGGCUUAUGGUAUUGUGUCCUAACAGUGAAUACCUGUCCGAACGAUUGGUGUCCACAAUCUUCCGACUGGCCAUUCGAUUCACGCCGAGACCCGAUUCGCUAAGCGAACAGAUAUUUCUACUAUUGUGUCACCUCUUGUUAACAUUUGAACCAAAUAUGAUUCAAAGAAAGUCGACGGCCAUUGCGUUGCACUCAUUCGUAUCGCAAUGCAAUUGUUAUAUCACUCGCAGCCAAGACUGGGCCGUAAUAUUCAACUUCCUUCUGGCCGUUGGCAUCGGUUACCAGAAGCGGGCGAAGACUACCAAUCAAAACGAGCCAAACGUGCAAAAUAUUCAGAGCGACGGCGAAGAGACUGCGGCCACCGAUGGCUCGAUAUCUUCUACGGCCGCCGCCACCGCUCGCGGCUAUACAUCGGACUCUGAGCUCAACGUCUCCAAAACGAUUGAUCCCAAUCUGAACAAUACGUUCCGAUUCUUCGCCGACAGUAGCGGCGGUCAGAGCGGCGCCAAUUCGGCGAACGCGGCGCCGAGUUAUCGAAUUUUCGAUUUGGAAGCGUUCGAGAAAAGUACAGAGAUUUUGACACUAAUCAUACGCGAAGUGUUGCCAAACAAUGUCAAAAAUUUUCAAGUGUUUGUCACCGAAGACAACAGUGUCUAUACUGUGGCUCAGUUGGCGGUCGACGCGCUCCAGAGGUUUGUCGAGGCGUCCAUUAAAAUACAAUUAACGCCGGGAAAGAUCGGCCAAUUGAGGCGACCGGCGCCGCAUAAUUCGCGUAAAUCGCGGGCCAACUCACGUGCGGCCGAUUUGGCCAAUAAGUCUCGUCUGUCGCGUAUCGCCAACGCUAUCCUGUCGUCCAGUGAGUCCGACGACGACGAAGAGUCGCCGCCGACCCACGCGUCCAAUCAGAGUCAACCAAAAUUCUCGUCGGUGACCGAGACGUGCGCUCUUCGACUCCUAGAUCUGAUGCAUUACUUUCAUCUGAACGCCGCGCUCACCGUCGAGAACAACUCGUCUGAGUUCUUGUGGUCCGCAAGAGUCAACCAAAAUUCUCAUCUGAUGCAUUACUUUCAUCUGAACGCCGCGCUCACCGUCGAGAACAACUCGUCUGAGUUCUUGUGGUCCGCGCUUUGGUGUCCAUUACUUCAAGGAAUCGCUCUGUUCUGUUGCGACUCCCGGCGUCCGGUGCGGACGUGUGCCCUCACAUUCCUCCAGCGGGCGCUUCUUCUUCAUGACCUCAAAGUGUUGUCGGCCUCGCAGUGGGAGAACUGCUUCAAUAAAGUUUUGUUCCCAUUGUUGUCCAAACUCUUGGAACCGAUCAAUAUGUGUGACCCGAUCGGUAUGGAUGAGACCCGUAUGCGCACCACAAACCUGCUCUGCAAAGUGUUUUUACAGCAUUUAACGCCAUUAUUAACGUUGUCUACAUUCACGGCCUUAUGGCUCACAAUACUUGACUUUAUGGACAAAUACAUGAGGGCUGACAUGCAAACAGACCUUGUCAAAGAGGCGAUUCCGGAGUCGCUGAAGAACAUACUGCUGGUGAUGGAAACGGCCGGUUGUUUCAACGACACGUUGGCCGCCAUCACGUGGGACCGGAUCGCCACGUUUUUACCGCAUUUACAUCAGGAUCUAUUGCCGCCGCAGAUCAACGCCAACGCAGAGGACAAUACAAAUAACACACAAACGGGUGUCGGCGGCGAUGAGACCGCACCCGUCAGAAGCAAUGAAUUACCGCCCGUCGAGUCGCCGACACCACCGACGGUUCCCCCACCACCACAGCCACCGUACGAGCACUCGAAUCAAAUAACAUCACAAACAAUUGAUCCGAACGUAACGCCCGUACCAGUGAUUGGUCUGCAUAUGGCGGCCGUUCCGCCGUAUCUGCAGACCGUUAUUCCCAACUCGACGUUCAUCGAUAUGGAAGAGGGACACAGACAACCGCUCUUCACGCCAGUGGUGGCCGCGCAUCAACAGCCGGCCCCACAACCGGUGUAUCACCCGAUGCCCACAUACCCGGGCACUAUCGAGCCAUUUGUUCCGCCGCCGACCGCCGUUCCCAAUGCGCCGCCAACUGUGGCCACAGCACAGCAACAACACCCACACCAUCCGCCCAACGCACAGGUACUCUCUGCCUACCCCUGGCCGGCGCCCAGCGAUCACAAAAAUUACUGAUUAUUAUCAAUAUAUUUAAAUGCAGAUGUUUUUAAAUUGAUUAAAAAUAAUCUCUCACUUUCUCUAUUCAUAAGCAAAUGUUUUUAAAUUUUAUAAAACAUGAUAAAUAAUUCCAGA